CUUUUUCUUGUCGCUUCCUUCCUCUUCUUCUUCUGCUUCUUUCUUCUCUUCUCCUCCUCUUCUUCUCCUCUUCAUAUACAUUCUAAUCGUGACUGUCCGUCGCCGGGUUCAUUUCUUUUCCCACCCACCUUUUCCCCUUCCUUGUGAUACCCGAGCUCUUGUAGCUUUGCGCAAAGAGAGCUUUUGUUUCCUUCUGUUGAGAUACCCCUUAAAGAGAUACCCUACUCGACGCGCGCCUUUAUUUUCGAAGCUUCGCCAGCUUCUCUAGCUCUUAUUUAAUCCCAUCCCUACUGAUUAUAAUUACCCGUCUAAUCACCACCCGACACCAUGUCCGACGUCCAGAAGCCUGUCGAGGAGACUCCUGCGGCUGCCCCCGCCGUUGCUCCUGCUACUGAAGCGCCUGCUGCCACCGAGACCCCGGCCACCGAGACCCCCGCUGCUGAGGCCCCCCAGGAGACUCCCGCUGAGACCACUGAGGCUGCUGCCCCCGCCGCCGCAGAGGAGUCCAAGGCCGAUGAAACUCCCGCCGAACAGCCCAAGGAGGAGCCCAAGCAGGAGGAGGUGACCCCCGCUUCUGAGGGUGUCCUGGGCUACAAGGCCCCCGGUCUCGUCAAGGGCCUCCGUUUCGCCAAGCGCUUUUUCUACUUCAGCGACGACGCUGUUGAGUCUAAGCAGCUGUCUGCCUUCCACCAGAACGAGAAGGCCGCUAUCGCCAACCCUAUCGCCGCUUGGGCCAGCCAGACCGGCAAGGGUCUUCUGUUCUUCACCAAGCGCGCCGAGGACAAGGCCUCCCCCGCCGGUAUCUUCAACCUGGCUGAUGUUUCCGACAUUGCCAAGGAAGGUUCCACCGAGCUGCACUUCAAGGUCAACGGCCAGAAGCACACCUUCCAGGCCGCUAGCACUUCCGAGCGUGACAGCUGGAUUGCCGCCCUCGAGGCUAAGGCUGCUGAGGCUAAGGCUGAGAAGGAGGCUGUGACCUCUAGCGAGGGCUACAAGGCCGAGCUCGAGAAGCUGAGCAAGCCCGCUGUUGCCGAGCCCGCUAAGAAGGCUGAGCCUAAGGAGGAGGCGGCCCCCGCCGAGGACAAGAAGGAGGACAAGGCUGCCUCCAAGAGCCGCUCUCAGUCUCGCAAGAGGGCCAGCAUCUUCGGAACUCUGCUUGGAAAGAAGGAGGAGGCCAAGGAGGAGGCUGCCCCUGCUGAGGACAAGGAGGACAAGGCCGAGGAGCCUAAGCCUGCUGAGGUUGCUACUGAGGCCCCUGCUGCUGAGGCUUCUGCUGCCGCUGAGACCACUGAGGCUGCUCCUGCUGAAGCCAGUGACAAGAAGGAAGAAAAGGAAGAGAAGGAGGAGAAGGAAGAGAAGAAGGCGGAGACCCCUGCCCCCAAGUCUAAGCGCGCUUCUCUUUUCGGCAACUUCUUCCAGAAGGUCACCAGCCCCUCUCACGAGAAGUCGGAGAAGGAGGCCACUGCUCCUGCCGAGACCGCUGUCGCUAGCACUGCUCCUCAGCUGGACAACCCCGUUGAGGAGGCCGCUGUGAAGCCCAUCGAGCCCGAGAGCGUGACUGCUCCCGCUGAGGCUGAGGCUGCCAAGGACGCCACUCCCGCUCAGUCUCCCGCUGCUGAGACUCCCAAGGACAAGCGUCGCACCUCUUUCUUCGGCAACUUCGGCAAGAAGAAGGGUGACUCCGACAACGAGGGUGCUGAUGGCGAGCCCAAGCCCAAGGGCAACAAGCUUGGUGGCAUCUUCCGCAAGCCCAGCAAGGCCGUGAAGUCCGAGCCCAAGGAGACUAAGGAGGCCGCUGAGGCUGAGGCUACCCCCAAGGAUGCUACCGUCGAGGAGUCUCCUGAGGAGAGCGCUAAGCCCGCUGAGGCUGCUCCCGCGGAGGAGUCCAAGCCCGUCGAUGUCGCCACCUCUACUCCUGUUCAGGCUGCUGCAUGAAGUGCUUCCCGCAGGGACGUCGAGUAUGAGAAAUGGUGGGAUCAGCGGUGUUCGUAUCCUUACCCUUGAACUUCUCGAUGAUCAGUCGUUCUGGAAAUUAAAAAGCCCAGAAAAGAAAAAAAAUUCAUCCAAGAAAACCAAUGAUUGUUGUUUUUGUGUCUAAUUGAUGUUUCCACUGCCACCAUUCUGGUAUCCCUCUCCUGUGCAAGGCGAGGUCUGCCAAAACGAGUGUCAAUGAUACCCUCUGCUGCUUUGGCGGUCAUUUCCGAGCCCGGAUGUCAAUUGCGUGUCCGGUGCUGCGUUUCAUUCCUUUAUGAUAUGCGUUCCGCAAGGAUACCCAACUGGCCUUGUGUGUUCAUGUUGUGCGCCGACCAAACUAGAUUGAUACCACUUGUUGCUGUUUAUUGCUUGCUCUUUGAUGUUCUCAUGUUGCUGUUUGAUGCUUUUGUCUUGAUACCCUACUGGGAGGAAGGGUGCUUUUUGCCAGCUGGAUGGGGAAAUUCCCUCCACUCAAAUUGGCCCGAACCGUCGACUACCAUGACUCUAUGGUGACAGUGCUGAUAGCGCCAUGUAUACAUGGCACAGCAUCAUGAGGUAAUACUUAAUAGAAUCCACGUAUUGUUAGUAUAUGACCCA